UUAUCGUCGCUGGAUCAUGUAGUGGACGUUCGCCCUCGCUCUCUGCCACUUCCCCGUGUCUCUCGCUGGCUCCGUCUGGAAACAUGACUCUGUCGCUGGGUUGGUUUUCGGCUCUGCUCGCGGGUGUUUUCUCCGCGAGUGUGUUCCAGAAACUUUGUUUUCCCUACUUCUGGCGGGACCUGCUCUUCCUGCUGACGGUGAUCAGGUACGGGCUGAAGCUGGAGCUCUACAAGCUGACCGCCCGGGUUUGCACCGUCCUGGACCGCUUCAUCCAGCAGGCGCAGCGCAUCCCUCACAAACCCUUUGUCAUCUACGAAGGCAGCGUCCACACGUACCGGGACGUGGACGAGCGCAGCAACCGACUGGCCAAUGUUUUCCUGCACUCCGUCCAGCUGAAGAGAGGGGAAUGUGUCGCGCUGCUCAUGAACAACGAGCCCGACUUCCUGUGCGCCUGGUUCGGCUUGGCGAAGGUGGGCUGCUCGGUGGCCUUCCUCAACACCAACAUCAGGUCCAGGUCGCUCCUGCACUGCUUCAACUGCUGCGGAGCCAAAACCCUCAUCGUGGGUGCAGAUUUGUUAGAAUGUCUGGACGGCAUCCUUCCCAGCCUGAUAGAAGACAACAUCCAGGUUUGGGCCAUGAAGAGCAAGAGUGAGCAACCACAUGUCCGAACCCUUUUGGACCUAAUGGAAGUGGCCUCCACUCGGCCAGUUCCCGCAGAGCUGCGAGCCACGUCCUCCCUCAAGGCCCCGACUCUCUACAUCUUCACUUCGGGAACAACUGGUCUCCCAAAAGCUGCAGUCAUUACUCACCUACAAAGUUUAAAAGCGGCCGGAGGAUUUUGGGCAUUCGGGGCUACCCAGGACGAUGUGUUCUACAUCCCUCUGCCACUGUACCACAGCGCCGCUUCGCUCAUCGGGAUUGGCGGAACGAUAGAACUGGGUGCGACCUGUGUUCUAAAAAAGAAGUUCUCCGCCUCACAGUUCUGGAACGACUGCCGAAAGUAUGAAGUGACAGUUUUUCAGUACAUUGGUGAACUGUGCAGAUACCUGUGCAACCAGCCCAAGACCGACAUGGACAAGGUUCACAAGGUGCGGAUGGGAGUUGGAAAUGGUCUGCGUCAGGAUGUCUGGCAAGACUUCCAAAGUCACUACGGAAACAUCAAGAUGUGCGAGGUGUACGGCUCCACCGAGGGAAACCUGUGUUUCAUGAACCACAUCGGCAAGAUUGGAACCGUCGGUCGCUCCAACUUUUUCUACAGGCUCCUUUUCAAGUACGAUCUGGUGCGGUAUGACAUGGUGAAAGACGAGCCGGUGAAGGAUCAGUAUGGUUUCUGUCAGCGGGUUGAGAAAGGUGAGACUGGACUUCUCCUGUCUAAGGUCAGCGCUCUGAGCCCCUUCUUCGGCUACGCUGGCAGCAAACAGCUGACAGAGAAGAAGCUGAUCAGGAAUGUGUUCGUGAAGGGCGACGCCUACUUCAACACAGGCGACCUCAUGGCCGAAGACCACGAGGGCUUCAUCUGCUUCAGAGACAGAGUGGGAGACACGUUCAGAUGGAAGGGAGAAAAUGUGGCAACGACAGAAGUGACAGAAACCCUGGGGCUGGUGGACUUUAUCCAGGAGGCCAAUGUGUACGGAGUGCAGGUUCCCGGUCACGAAGGACGAGCGGGAAUGGCAGCCAUGAUUGUCCGUUCAGGCUUCAAGUUUGAUGGGAAGAAGCUGUUUGAACACGUGGUCAGGGAUCUUCCAUCUUACGCUCGGCCACUCUUCAUCAGGCUCCAGGAGACGAUGGAGAUGACCAGCACCUUCAAGCAGCAGAAGUUCCAGUUGGUUCAGAGUGGCUUCAACCCCUCCACCAUCUCUGACCCACUGUUUGUGUUGAACUACCCACAGCAGAGCUACAUUCCUCUGACAGACUCAGUCUACCGAAGCAUCAUCUCUGGAGAAUGCAAACUAUAGCUACGAUAUGGGACUGUAUGUGUGUGUGAGUGUGCGUGUGUAAGAUGUCACGCACCCUAAAACCUCUGAGUGAGACUAUGAAGGACUGUUGUAAUCUAGUGUGAAUGAGAUGCGAUAGUAACAGAAAAAUCACACCCCAUUACAUAUCAUUGGAUGUAACCAGAGGUCAUCUGUGAGAGUAAAAAAGGCUUUUAGGUGCCCAUUGCCUUUUUUUUGAUGACCUUAUUACUUUAUUAAAUUGUGUUCUUGCCCUCUUCCCUGCCAAUGUUGCAAAAGCAACAUUCUACAGUUGAUAUGCUAGACAUGUAUGAUCAACAUUUGAAGGUUUUAUUUGUCGAAGAUUUAUUUUUAAGCAAUCACAAUGUUUUUUUUUUAUUUAUUCCAAACUUGUGAAUUACCCGAAAUGUGCCUUUAAAACCUCAUAUUGGGAUUCAGUACAUGCAACUCAGAGUCUGUUUCUGGAGCUUGUUACUAACAGGGUGGUGUUGGUUGUUGAUGCUUUCGGUUUUUGGUUUUCAGUCUUUACUGUACUUUUGGCCAUGAAAGAGAGUAGUAAAUGAGACAUAGAUCCAAAUUCAUAAAUACUGUAGGCAACGUUGGACAUAAUUACCUUAUGAAAACUAAGCUGUAAUAAAAUGUACAGCCUAUUUUAGUGUUAAAUUAGGUUAAAGCCAUUUAAAUAAAUACCUUGUGAAUAAACAUCGGUGCACUCUUACAGUGUAUGGGAGAUUAUUCACGACAUCAUGCACUGAAGUUACACCUUGUGUUAACUCAGCUUUCUGUCUCCCUCUAGUGCCCCAAGUGUAAAAAGGCGUUCUCAAAGAAACGUCUUGUUCAGUGUGAACCACCGGACUGUGAGCAGAUCUGCCGUCAAACCCUACCUUACUUACCGUACUUUUUUGCUGCUAAUUUCUGAAGGCUAAAGGAGGCGUGUGGUUUUAUUAGCAUAUUAUCUACAUGUUUACUCUAAUAUGUUUUGUUUUACAGGUGAUCACUUAUCAGGGAGUGUUUUGACUAAUUGUGACUAAUGUCUGUCUGCCUUUUUAUUUUUAUUUUGCUCUGUGGUUCCCAUCGGUGACUGCAACUCAAUUAUUACCUCAGAGACACAUUGCCUGAGAUGUCAACAAUUAUUUUUUGCAUUUUUGUUGCACUAUUAAAGUUUUUUUGUCACUGCAGACCUGCCUAACAUUCGAGACACCAUUUUUUCGACAGCAUGAUCACUUCUUUAUUGAAUGUCGUCACUAUACCCUGUUCAAAAAGGUUGGGAACAGUAGCGAAGUUAGAUGCGUAUUGGAUAUCCAGCGGACUUCGAAUGUGGUUUUGGCACUGUCGUUCACUGCUGUGUCCCCGAAUAUGGCGCACUAAUCGUGGGCCAACGGGUAGCACUGGCAGCGCGAGCGUGACAAACAAUCGUUAUGAACUCAACCAUGUCAGUGAAAAAACUUCUAGUGUUCUUCAACAGCUUCGAGAAUAUGGGUCCAGGUGGGUCCAAAGUUACUGUAAACCGUCAGGGGACACAAGACACAUCUGGGACAACAGUUGGUAUUUCAUUAGAAUAUUGUAAUUAUUAGUAUUUUAGUAAUAUUUUUCCAAUAUUCCUUCAGUAGCUUCCAGGAAAUUAGUCCAAAUGGGUCCAGAGUUGCUGUAAACUGUCAGGGGACGUGAGACACAUCUGGGACAGCAGUGGAUAUUACAUUAGAAUAUUGUCAUUAUUAAUGAAUAAUUCUUUUUGCAAUUUUCUUCUGUAGCAUCCAGGGAAUGAGUGAUGAAGACUACAAGUACAAUUGAACACAGUAAAACGAAUGACUAUGCCAAUAAGUGAUGUGGUUGGGUGACGAAUUACAAGCGGUCGGUUUCAUGAAGGCGGUUCACCAAAGCCGGUGGAAAAACCGGUCGUGCGGGUUGGCAGAUAAUCUGCUCUUGAAAAGUUCAGUUUUCAGUGUGUGUGUGUGUAUGUGUGGGUGGUAUCUCAGCAUCAGCUGGUUUUGUUCACGGUGUUUGUUGCCCCUGU